CACACACACACACAGACAGACACACUAGAGGCGUGUAGCCCCUGUAGAGUGGCGAUCUAUUGUGGAGGCAACACUGUGUGUUUGCCUGGCAGUGAGCCAAGUGCCCUGGUGUCGCACACUACGAAAGGGUGGUCUGCAGCCGGCAGGAAUCGCAGGCCGUUAGACGAGGAAGUGUGCAGGAAACAGCAUCCGUCUACGCCGCUCGACGCACCACACACAGACAGACACACAGACAGACAGAGAGAGAGAGCGUGGCACCGGGCAAGGGGCACGUGAAGAGAUCUUCCCCCUCCCCAUCCUCCUCCUUCCUCCAGACGCUCGCAUCCGUGCCGAUCCAGAUCGCUGCCUCCAGCCGGAGUAUGGAACGCAUGUCGGACGAUGCUCUGCGGCUCCACCUGCUGAAGCGGGGCCUGGACCGGGCGGACGAGCGGGAGGAUCUGGUGGCCAAGCGGUUGAAGAUGGAGGGACACGAGGCCAUGGAGCGCCUGAAGAUGCUGGCCCUGCUGAAGCGCAAGGACCUGGCGGUGCCCGAACCGUCGCCCGAGCUGAUCCCCGCCAAGCCCGAGCACCAGCGGGCAGCCGACGACAAGAUGAACGGCAGCCUGAAGGGCCGGCCCGAGCUCCGCACCGUCACUAAAGCCGGCAAAGAGAACAUGGGCGACGAGCCUGUGGACAUGAGCGCACACAAGAGUGAGGUGGAUCGGGAGCGCAGCACCCCCUCACCCGACGUCAUUGUGCUGUCAGACAACGAGGCCUCCAGCCCUCGCGCCAAUGGCUGCUUCGAGGACAGGAUCAAGAUGGCCAACCUGGAGAUCUUCAAGGGCAAGGGCCCCGAGGAGCGGCAGAUGAUCAUCAAGCAGUUGCGGGACGAGCUGCGUCUGGAGGAGGCACGGCUGGUGCUGCUGAAGAAGCUGCGGCAGAGCCAAGUGCAGAAGGAGAACGUGGUCCAGAAGAGCAUGGGCUCGUCUGCUCAGUCCUCGCUGGUCCAGGGUGGGCAACAACAGCUGCUGUCCAAGCCGCCCAACCGGCCCAUCUCUCAGGUAUUGGACCCUCAGAACCUGCGGGGGGCUCAGGGCCACCCGGUGAUCAGGACAGCGGCCAAUAGCACGUUGCCGCAGCUGCUGUUGUCACAGCGGGUGAUUGCGCCCAGCCCCGCACAGAUGCAGAGCAUGAGGAUGGCCAAACCCGGCCUCAUACACAGCCCCCUGGGCAGCCCCAACACAGCCGCUGCCUACCAGAAGGCGGGCUCCUCCAUCCCGUCUCCACGGACCACGCCAUCCACCAUGUACAUGAGCGUGUCAUCGCAUGUACAGGGGGGGUUGCCCUCAGCGGGCAGUCCUGCCGCCAGCAGCCUGAACGAUCCGGCCAGUAGCCAGGCGGCGGCUAAACUGGCUCUGCGCAAACAGCUGGAGAAGACCCUUCUGGAGAUCCCCCCACCCAAACCCUCGCCCCCUCUCCUCAACUUCCUGCCCAGUGCGGCCAACAAUGAAUUCAUCUACAUGCUGGGCCUGGAGGAGGUGGUGCAGAGUGUGAUCGAGAGUCAAGGGAAAGGACGCCUGCAGCUCUCCCACAUCGAGCCCUUCAUGUGCUCGCAGUGUCGGACAGACUUCACCCCACACUGGAAGCAGGAGAAGAACGGCACCAUCUUGUGUGAGCAGUGUGUGACUUCCAACCAGAAGAAGGCGCUCAAAGCCGAGCAUACCAACCGGCUGAAGACGGCCUUCGUCAAAGCCCUGCAGCAGGAGCAGGAGAUCGAGCAGCGAAUACAGCAGCAAGCGGCGGUGGUGUCGGCCUCGCCCACCUCCGUGUCAGCCGGCGGGGUGAUGAACAAGCCCGAACCGGUCAUCAGGCACCACCCUCUCCGCCAGCAGCCGCCUCAGUCGCAGUCGUCUCUCCAGCGCGGGCUGCAUUCCUCGGCCCGCAGCGUGCUGUCGACCUUUGCACAGGGCCCGCAGCUGCACAUGGCCAGCGGGCUGGUGGGCAUGCCAGGUAAGCAUGCAAUGCGGAGCGGAGGGCAGAGUCGAGGACGAAGGCCAUACUUCACCACCUCAGGGGUCAACAUGUCGUACCUGAAUGCGGGGGUCGGAGGUCAGAAGGGGUCGAGCCUGGCGGACCGUCAGCGCGAAUACCUGCUGGACAUGAUCCCACCGCGGCCACUCUCGCAGUCCAUCAGUGCGCAGAAGUGAGGGGCCGGAGUGGGCAGUGCCCAGUGCCCAGUGCCCAGUGCCCGUCUCCUCCCCACCCCCAUGUUAUUGUAUGUGUCUGAUGCUAACUCUGUCGUAGGGACCGGGGGGUGGGGUCCACACCAGCGCUGCUCGCAACAGGCACAAGGCAAGGGGUCGGCUCACCACCUGCCUACCCUCCCCUACCCUCC